AUGGGCGACAGCGAUGAAGAUUAUGACCGUAGACGGGGUCGCGACAAGUUCUUGCGGGAACGAAACGAUUUUCAGGAUAAGCGAAGGGACGGCGGCGGCGGUGGAGGAGGUGGUGGUGGCGGCGGCGGCGGUGGCUGCGAAAGGCGCUCAUAUAGCAACCGUGAUUUUAAAGUGUUCCGCGGCAGGUCUGAGGCGAGUCCGCCAGCAGCCAAACGGACGAAGCGCGAGUGGUAA